AUGCAGUCAGGCGAGCCUGCAUGGCACGGCUACACUACAUCUAUGCCACCAUCAUCUCAUUCCUGGGGCUGGUAUGAUGAGCCCCUGUUAACCACUGUUAACCCUGCAUCACCGCACACCACCCUUCUCCUGCACCCCCUGGGUACCAGAUGGGCGGGCACCGCACAUCACCCCUCCCUGCCUUGCGUUCCAUCAUUCCACCAGGUGGGCGGGGUCAUCUGUGAGGCGCAGUACUUCCAGAAUGUCAUGCGCGUCGGCUUCCAGCUGCGACAAGCCAUGGUGGCAGCGGUGUUCAGCAAGUCGCUGCGGCUGAGUCACAGUGGAAGGCAGGGCUUCAGCACGGGGCGCAUCACCAACAUGAUGACCAACGACGCUGAGUCCCUGCAGAUGGUGUGUCAGCAGCUGCACGGCCUCUGGUCGGCGCCUCUCCGCAUCCUCGUCUGCAUCUUCCUGCUCUACCAGCAGCUGGGGGUGGCGUCUCUGCUCGGUCUGCUCAUGCUGCUCCUCAUGAUCCUCGCCCAGGCAGUGAUAGUAAACCGAGUGCAGAAGCUGGUGAAGGCAUCACUGCAGCGCAGCGACAAGCGAGUGGCGCUGAUGAGCGAGGUGCUGGCAGCCAUGGACGUCGUCAAGUUGUACACGUGGGAGGAGAGCUUUCAGAGCAAGGUGGCACGUGUCCGAGCGGACGAGAUGGGGCAAAUUUCCAAGGCGCAAUACAUCAUGGCGGUGAGUUGUGUGCGGUGUGAUGAGGUGGAGAGGUGGAGACGCAAACCUCCCCCUCAUUCCUCUCUCUCCGCCCCUCACCAGAUCAACUUUCUGCUGAUGAGUGUGUUGCCGGUGCUGGUGACAGUGGUGUCAUUCGGCUGCUAUUCGCUGCUGGGCCACCAGCUCACAGCCGCCAAGGCCUUCACCUCUAUCUCCCUCUUUGCUGUGCUGCACUACCCCCUCCACAUGUUCCCCAGCCUCAUCACCCAAGAGAUGCUACUGGCAGGCGAAACAGACAUUGACGCCCCUGCACCGCCCAUCGACCCUACCAAGCCUGCAGUCGAGGUCUCCCAUGCCUCCUUUGCUUGGGGCGCUGCUAACACUGCUGCUGCUAACACUGCUGCUAAGGAGGAGGGUGAAGUGGGAGGGGAGGGGAAGGAGAAGGACGUGGGGGGCACUCUAACGGAUGUGACUCUAUCAGUGGAGCCUGGGAAGCUGGUGGCUGUUGUGGGCGCCACAGGGCAAGGCAAGUCGUCGCUGGUGAGUGCACUGCUGGGCGAGAUGCCCAUGGUGUCAGGGGACUCCCCUCCAAUCAUCAGAGGCCGCGUGGCCUAUGUCUCGCAGGUUUCCUGGAUCUUCAACGCCACAGUGCGCGAGAACAUUCUGUUCGGGCUGCCGUACGACAAGCAGCGGUACGAGCGGGCAGUGAGGGUGAGCGCCCUGGAGAGAGACCUGGAGCUGCUGCCAGGGGGCGACCUGACGGAGAUAGGCGAGAGGGGCGUGAACGUGAGUGGCGGACAGAAGCAGCGCAUCAGCAUCGCCCGGGCGGUCUACUCCGACGCCGAUGUGUUCUUCUUUGACGACCCGCUCUCCGCCCUCGACGCCCACGUCGCCAAGCAGGUGUACGACACGUGUGUGAGGACAGAGCUUGCCGGCCGCACGCGCAUCAUGGUCACAAACCAGCUGCACUUUCUGCCAGAGCAGGGGCCGUAUGUGCAGCUGAAGGCGUCGGCACCCAAAUUCCAGCGGCUGCUGGAGAAGGCAGGCGCACUGGAGGAGCAUGGGGACACGGAGGUGGGGGGGCAGGGCGGAGGAGAAACUAUAGGGGACGCGGGCGGUGGGAGGGGUGAGGCGAGCGCUGAAGCGGCAGCUGCUGCUGCAAUGUGUGGCAGCAGCACCAGUAGUGGUGGUGGUGGCGGGGGUUCUGCUGCUGCGGAGAACGGCGGUUCUAGCAGCAGCAGCAGCCAGGUUGGGGAGAAGAGCGGAGCAGGGGAGGGGGAGAAGAGCGGAGCAGGGAAGGGGGAGAAGAGCGGAGCAGGGAAGGGGGAGAAGAGCGGAGCAGGGAAGGGGGAGAAGAGCGGAGCAGGGGAGGGGGAGAAGAGCGGAGCAGGGGGGACAACCCUAGUGCAGGCAGAGGAGAAGGCGCAGGGGGUGGUGAGCGCAGCGGUGGUGUGGCGGUAUGUGAGGGCCAUGGGCGGGUGGGGCGUGCUGGCUGUGCUCAUCUCGCUCUACGUGCUUGUGGAGGCCGCCAGGGUGCUCUCAAGUGUAUGGAUCAGCAUUUGGACGGGUGAAAGUGGUGGCAGUGGUGGGCAUGGAUCGCUGUAUUUCGUGGCAGGGUAUUCACUCAUCUCGCUGGGCCAAGUGCUGCUCACCUUCGCCAACCAAUACUUCCUGGUGUUCUCCUCCCAGCGAGCGGCUCGUCGUCUGCACGAUGCCAUGCUGGCGGCCAUUCUGCGAGCUCCCAUGUCCUUCUUUCACACCAACCCUGAAUAUCCUGUGAGUGUGAAUGUUCUCCUGCACUCAAGUUCUUCCAAAAUAUAUCACCCAAUCGCCGCUUCCAAGCAUACCAGCCCUUCCUCUCCCCCCUCUUCUGCCCCUCUCCUGGCGAUUUUCGCUAUGCCGAUUUGUCUUCCCCUUAAUCCUCCUACUUCUCCACUCUCUCCCCUCCAGGUGGGACGUCUGAUCAACCGCUUUACUAAAGAUACAGCGGACAUAGACAAGAAUCUAGCGCAGUACACGUCGCUGUGCCUGGGCGGCAUAUUCCAGCUGCUCUCCACCUUCGCCCUCAUCGGUGUUCUCAACACCGUCGCCCUCUGGGCCAUCGUGCCGCUGCUGCUGCUCUUCUACAUCGUCUACCUCUACUUCCAGAGCACCGCACGGGAGGUCAAGCGCUGGGACUCGGUGACGCGCUCUCCCGUCUACUCACAGGUACGCCUUGAGGCAGCUCACGAUAUUAAGCCAAAUGCCCCAUCCUCCUGCAAAACCGCGCUGCCUCUCCCUCCAAAUUCUUUCGAUUCCUAUCCUCAUUUCCCUCUCCAACCCGGGCGUUCCCCACUUCGUCUUGCCCUCUCUCAGUUUGCGGAGGCACUGAACGGCCUAGCAACCAUAAGGGCAUACAGGGCGGCGCGGCGCAUGGCGGCCAUGAACGGGCGGGCGGUGGACCGCAACACACGCUUCACCCUCGUCAGCAUGAGCGCCAACCGCUGGCUCGCCUUCCGCCUCGAAUUCCUCGGGGGACUCAUGAUCUUCGCCACGGCGGUAUUUGCAGUGAUGGACGUGCAGAGGGCGGGCGACCAGGCAGCACUGGCACCAGUCAUGGGGCUCAUUCUGGUGUAUGCACUGCAAAUCACUGCCAUGAUGACCAUGGUGCUGCGCUUGCUCUCCGUCGCUGGUGAGUGCCCAUUCAAGUGCUUUUGCCGAGUCAAUGUGUGGAGGCUGAAGCAGAUCACAGCCAUGAUGACCAUGGAGCUGCGCCUGCUCUCCAUCGCUGGUGAGUGCCCAUUCAAGUGCUUUUGCCGAGUCAAUGUGUGGAGGCUGAAGCAGAUCACAGCCAUGAUGACCAUGGUGCUGCGCCUGCUCUCCGUCGCUGGUGAGUGCCCAUUCAAGUGCUUUUGCCGAGUCAAUGUGUGGAGGCUGAAGCAGAUCACAGCCAUGAUGACCAUGGUGCUGCGAGCUACCCCAGCACCAGCCGUUCAGCGAUCUUCUUUUGCUACCAUGGCUGCGCCGCGACAGGAAGCUGCUCAUGAGAUUCAUGACACCGUCAUGCUGGAUUCUUUUGAUUUCCUUGGUGACAUUAAUCACGCUUUUCUUGACAAGCAGGCUACUCCUACAUGCCUGAACGACUUCAAGCUGCAAGCGAUCAAAGACUUUAAGAAGAGCUUUCUUAAAUACCGGACUUUGCAGCUGCAGUACAAUUUCAUGGAGGAGCAGAAAGCGGCGGGGAUUAUCCCGCACAGCAUUCGCAUCAAGCCUUUCGGCUUCGUAUGCAACUCCGAAGAACUUUGUCAAGAAGCUGACAAGGAUCUCCAGGCGGCCUGCGAGGUUUAUUGCAAGCAAGCGCAAGGAAUCCUUAUCGCGAUGAAGAAGAAGGCAGUAGAACAAGCUCGCAACGACACUGCUGCAGUUUUUCAGAAGCUCCAGGACCAGGUCGAUAACUACAUCAAUCUGGCCAAGAAGACCGACAUCGGGACCAAGAACUCGAAGCUGACCGACAAUUUGAAUUUUUUCAAGCAUCGCGUCGUUUCUGAAUUCAAGGAAGCAAUGUCUAUUUUCGUUAUGGAGGCUAACCUUUCUGAAAUUCAUUUGAAGGAAAAGAAGAGGGAGAUUGAUGAGAAGAAGGCUGCUGCGACAGAAGAAGCUGAAAACCUUCCGGUCGAUCCCACUGUUCGCGAGAUCGCCAAACAGGAGGCUGAAAAAGCAGUCGCUAAGCUCAAGCCGAAGUUAAAGUCUACUCCCAACAACAAUCGUCCUUCUGUUAACAACGGCAAGAAGAAAGCAUCAGCUGGCAAAAGGAAGACCUUCCCUGUCAACAACAACAAGAAGGCUACCACGAUCGUGACGAAAAGGAACAAGAAGGCGCAGCCGAGGCAGAAUAGCAACGGCAUGAAACGUCAGAAUGGUUCCGGCAAGAAGGAGGAUGUCGGCACUCACCAUGCGACAAAGACGAUGGGACGAGCCUACACCAAGACGGCUGGACGCAGCGCGACUUACCCCAAGAACCGUAACGCAGCGGCAAAAAACGGGGAAGGAGCCGUCCGCGGAAAAACAGGUCGACAGUAG